GUUGGAGGUUAGUUAUCCAGUAUAUUUUUGGGAAUAUGGUUCAAAACGAGGAAGUUAUUAUAAAGCAAUUUGUCGCUUUGGGUUUAAGUGAACAGAAGGCCAAAGAGACCUUAAAAAAUGUAUCUGUCACAAAAAAUCUCCUCAGCAUUCUUGAUCAGGUGCGUGAUGUUAAAUUACCCGAGGGUAACGGUAUACUCUUAUAUCAUCUAUCUACCAAAAUUAAACCACAAAUUGUCCAUCACCUUCCAUUCAUAGUUAAAUAUAUUGCCGAAAAUAAAUUGGAUACGACUGUCCGCGUUGAUAAAGCUAUCGAAUUCGCCCUUUCAAAUUUGACUAAUUUGAAUGUGACUGAAUUCGAAAAAUUCUGUGGUGUGGGUGUUGUUGUAACACCUGAGCAAAUUGAGAAAACUGUUGAGAAAGUCAUAUUGGAGAUAAAAAAUGAACUGAUAGAAAAGAGGUACAGAUACAAUACUGGUCCACUGAUGCAAAAAGUUAGAACUCUAUUACCAUGGGCUGAUGGGAAAGCUGUAAAAAAUGAAUUUGAUAUCCAGGUUCUUGAUAUAUUAGGACCAAAAACUGAGGAGGACCUAGCACCACCACCCAAAGUUGAUAAGAAACAAAAGUCUAAAGUAGAAAAACCAAAAAGUGAUGAUAAAAAAACUGCCAGUGAAGCUUCUGUUGUUAAUAAUGCCUUAACCAUAUUAGAUGUUAUGAAGAAAAUCAAUUUCCAUCAACCUGGAGAAAAUUUCAAAACUGAUGGAUAUGUCGUUACCGAAAAUACUGAAAGAUUAAUCAAAGAACAUCUUAAAAUAACUGGAGGAAAAGUAAGAACUAGAUUUCCUCCAGAACCAAAUGGCAUUUUGCAUAUUGGACAUGCAAAAGCAAUUAACAUUAAUUUUGGAUAUGCUGCUGCCAACAAUGGUAUUUGCUUCCUAAGAUAUGAUGAUACUAAUCCUGAGAAGGAAGAAGAGAAAUUUUUUACGGGCAUUAAAGAUAUCGUUACAUGGUUGGGAUACAAACCUUAUAAAAUUACCCAUUCUUCCGAUUAUUUCGAUCAGUUAUAUGAAUGGGCAGUGCAGUUAAUUAAAGAAGGUCACGCAUACGUUUGUCAUCAGACCGCAGACGAAAUGAAAGGAUUUAAUCCUCAACCUUCUCCUUGGAGGAAUCGUCCAGUUGAAGAAAGUCUUCAACUGUUUGAGGAUAUGAAAAAUGGGAAAAUUGACGAAGGUUGUGCCACGUUAAGAAUGAAAAUAACACUGGAAGAAGGCAAAUUAGAUCCAGUUGCUUACAGGGUACGUUUUACUCCGCAUCACAGAACGGGGGAUAAGUGGUGUAUUUAUCCCACUUACGAUUUUACCCAUUGCUUGUGCGAUAGCAUUGAAAACAUAACGCAUUCAUUGUGCACCAAAGAGUUUCAGUCAAGACGCUCCAGUUAUUAUUGGUUAUGCAACGCCUUAAAUAUUUAUUGUCCAGUACAAUGGGAGUAUGGCAGAUUAAAUGUAAACUACACUGUUGUAUCAAAGAGAAAAAUUGCAAAACUUAUUGAUGAGGGUAUUGUCAAAGACUGGGAUGAUCCAAGGCUGUUCACAUUGACUGCACUUAGACGACGUGGAUUCCCAGCGGAGGCUAUAAACAAUUUUUGCGCUCAGUUAGGAGUUACUGGAGCUCAAAGUACUGUAGAUCCAUCUAUGUUAGAAGCAUAUGUUAGAGAUCACCUAAACAGUACAGCUCCUAGGCGAAUGGUCGUUUUGGAACCAUUGAAAAUAACCAUUGAGAAUUUCCCUAGUGAUAAACCUCUUAAAGUUAACGUACCAAACUUCCCCAAUAACCCUGAAUUGGGAUCCCAUGAGGUCACCUUUGAUAAAGUCUUGUAUAUUGAAAAAACCGAUUUCAUUGAAAUUGGUGACAAAGGAUAUAGGAGACUAACUAAAACACAACAUGUUGGUCUUAGACACGCCGGUUAUAUUUUAGAGGUGGUUAAUGUUUUAAAAAAUCCAAGUGGGCAAGUAUCAGAACUUGUUUGUAAAUGUCAUAAAGUUGAAAGCGCCUCCACUAAGCCCAAAGCUUUUAUUCAUUGGGUUAGCGAUCCUACAGAUGUCUGUAUCCGAUUGUAUUCACCUCUAUUUAAACAUAAAAAUCCUGAAGAUCCAAAUGAAGUUCCUGCUGGCUUCCUUACAGACUGCAAUCCGGAUUCACUAAAGUCUGUCAAUGCUUUCGCUGACAAGUCGUUGUUAAGUGCUAAAGUAUUUGAUAAAUUUCAAUUUGAGAGAUUGGGAUUCUUUUCUAUUGAUCCAGAUAGCAGCUCAAACAAUCUUGUCAUCAAUCAAACUGUUGGCCUUAAAGAAGACUCAGGAAAAUAACUUAUUUCUUGAUUUUACUAAACAAAUUGUGUACUUUGAUAUUUUUAUUUAAUUUAAAU